UACCCCCAUGACAACCUUAAAGGAAAUCAAUAUGAUAUUUCGCAAUACCAAAUAUAGAUGUACAUCUUGGUAAGCAUUACAUUUGGCAUUAUACACCGUGUUGUCAAAAUAACACCUCAAAUUAAUCAAAGGAACAAUCUACUUUGAGUGACAGUUGGGGGGAAUUAUCUCAUGAUGGAGAAGAAAGGUCUGCCUCCUUCUUCACCCCCGGAGUAUUCGGGCCCUGUAGUUUCUGAUCUACCCAACAUUAAUCCAGGAGCUUCGGAUGUCAUCACCCCAGAGGAUGUACAGGAGAUUAACCCCCCGCCAUCUUACGAUGCCAUAUUUUCGACGAGAAUUCCACCUGUUCCUAGGUCACAGACGUCGAUUAGAUAUGAUCGAGAUGACAGAAAUAUCUGGGAAAUUCUACACGAGUGGUUCGAAAUGUCGAUUCUCCAACAAAUCAUAUGGCUAGCUGCACUUGCCUUUUCUAUAUCGUAUAUUGUUUACGGCCUAAUAUACAAGGGAGAGUGUUACAAAAAGAGAUUAAAUGGCAAAGGCAAAGUGGAGGAAGAGGAGGAUAUGACGUCAUUUAUACAGGCAGAGGGUGGAGUCAUGUGUGCCACCAUCUUAUACGCCUUUCUGUGUCGCAUAUUGGUCCUGUGUGACACUUAUCGCAAGAAUCGCGUGUCCAGGGGCGACCUCGAGGGAAAGAAAAAAUGUGGCGGGCAUUUGUUUUUCCUAGGAAUGGGGUUGUAUAUUGCAAAUUUCGGUUUGUGUGUUGCAGGAGCUACAAAAAUCAUACCUUUCUACGACGCCACAAACACCUCAAACAAUAAGACUAACAUUCAACAAUGUCAUCCAGAGUUCUACAACUUUUAUCGUAACACCAAGAUAGGAGAGCUGGCGGUGCUGAUGCCGUAUGCAGCUUACGUCCUCAUCAGUUUGUUCCUUGUUGUUCCAAUGCAAAAGACUUGGUUUUUACGACGUAAAUGGCGCCAAUGGGCCAAGCUUCUUGAUGCUGAUAAAGACGGCGUCAUCAGUGUAGACGACAUGAAGAAAACCAACGCCAAGUUAGAAGAGAUCCGUAAGCUUCUGGGAGCUAGAAACACAGCAAUGAAGGAAGGUGACCAAAAGAAAUGGUGGAACGAGCAUAUUUUCAAAACUGGACCUGGAAAAGAUAUUUCAGUUGAUGAUUACAUCAGCUACCUCGACGGAACGGUUGGGGCCGUAGCACCUCAUGAAAAGGCCGGCAAAGUUAAACCAAUGGUGAUGGGUCUGUUUAACAUUUUCUCUACGGAAAGCUUUCGUAAGAAAAAUUUCAUUCUGGGGGAGGAAGAUUUCGUUAAGUUCUGGGCCAUUCUUGCUGACGUGGACGAACGCCAUUGCAGAAGGAUGCUCAUCAGGCACUUUCCCACACCUUUAACGAUGGCUUAUUUCUUGGAAGACUUCACGGCUUUCCUCUCACAUCAGGACUUUUACGAUGAAUACAGCAACAGAAUAUUCAAUGUUCUGAAAUUUCGUCGCUCCUAUGGAUGUUGCAAAGUGUGACAAUGUUAUGUUAAGAUUGCGUUGUUGCCUGUUCUACUUGUGAAUGUAUGAAUAGCAGUGAUACUUUUAAAGCUCCAUAAUUGUUGCAUUCGAUAUUCAUUCAGCAAUCAUUAGAUACCUGAACCAGGAUAAGGAUGCAACAGACAAGUGAGUGGACUGGAAUAUGGGAAAUAUCUAUUUGGAUUUUCUUAAGACAAUUUAGAUAAAAAUAUAAA